AUCAGCCCACAGGCUUCCCACCCGGCUUUGUUUUUAGAUUUUAUGUCAGUUGCCUCUGAGAUGUGUCUUUGGGUUAGGAGCUAUGUAGCACACAAUAAAUCAAUCACUAAUGAUGCCUAGUGACGGUUGUUCAGGCGUUUUAAUGCCCGUUGUUUUUGAGUGAAAAUUUUGCUGUGCUUGCCCACAAUGUGUAGAAACCGAAAAAAUGUUUUACGGAAAUACGUUUUAUUCCAACCUCAAGUGAUCCAAACUGAAGUUGGUCUGUUUACAACAGUGGUGUUUGAAGGGGUGUGAUUUGGGAGUUUGAGUCGAUUUUUCAUUAUGCUUAGUAGUAAAACUAAACAUUACCUCCACUGUACUCUUUUUUUCACUGUAAUAUUAUUUUUCGAAAUAUUUUCGGGUGGUUUACGACUUUUUAACGGUGGUAUUUUUGUGCCAGCUUCAGAAAUUAACCCAUGGGUGGAGUAUGGUUUUUUCGGAGCAUGUACAUUAUACGCUUUGCGCUUGAUUACGUUUUUGCCAUUGCCUCAAGUGAUUUUUAAUUUUAUUGGUCUCACGAUUUAUAACGCUUUUCCCGAAAAAGUUUCUUUAAAUGGUUCGCCUCUUUUGGCCCCUUUUAUUUGUAUUAGGGUAGUUACCAGGGGCGACUUUCCCCAAUUAGUGAAAAACAAUGUAAACCGAAAUAUGAAUACUUGUUUAGAUACUGGUUUAGAAAACUUUCUAAUAGAGGUAGUGUCUGAUAAACCCAUUGGAUUGGAAAACCAUAGAAGAAUCCGUGAAAUAGUGGUACCCUCCGAUUAUCGUACGUCGUCGGGAGCUUUGUUUAAAGCCAGAGCCUUGCAGUAUUGCUUAGAAGAUAAAAUAAACAUUUUAAGUGAUAAUGACUGGAUAGUUCAUUUGGAUGAAGAGACUGUUCUUACAGAAAAUUCUAUCAGAGGCAUUUUGAAUUUUGUCAUUGAUGGAAAACAUCAUUUUGGGCAAGGACUAAUUACAUACGCCAACGAGGAAGUUGUCAAUUGGAUCACCACCUUAGCAGACAGUUUUAGGGUUACAGAUGACAUGGGCAAGUUGAAAUUACAAUUUUUAUGGUUCCACAAGCCCUUGUUUAGUUGGAAAGGAUCAUUCGUAGUCACCCAGCUUGGAGCUGAGAAGGAUGUUUCGUUCGACAACGGAUUGGAUGGGUCGAUCGCCGAGGACUGUUUUUUCGCCAUGAAAGCUUACAGUAUGGGCUAUAGUUUUACAUUUAUUGAAGGCGACAUGUGGGAAAAGUCGCCUUUUACAUUGUGGGACUUUAUCCAGCAGCGCAAGCGGUGGAUCCAGGGUAUCCUACUAGUCGUUCAUUCGCGAUCCAUUCCGUUGAGAAAUAAAUUACUGUUGAGUUGCGCCUGUUACUCGUGGGUGACUCUGCCGUUGUCUACAUCGAACAUAUUUCUAGCCUCCAAGUUUCCGAUACCGUGUCCGCCAUUGGUCGAUUUCGCGGUAGCGUUUAUAGGUGCCGUUAACAUUUAUAUGUUCAUAUUUGGAGUAAUAAAAUCGUUUAACGUAUAUAGGUUCGGUUUGGCAAGGUUUUUUUUGUGUAUGUUUGGUGCGGUGGUCGUUAUGCCAUUUAAUUUAGUGAUAGAGAACAUUGCCGUACUUUGGGGUAUAUUUGGUCAGAAGCACAAAUUUUAUGUUGUGAACAAAAGUAUAGGCUCCGAGGUUACAGUCUGAAAAUGUAGCGGUAUUUUGCGGUACCAUACUUAUCCGCUUGUCCGAGGUCCAAUAAGAAGAAAUUUCGAGUUAGUAAGCAAAAAAGUACCUCGAAGUGUUUAUAUUUUUGUAAGUUUACUAUCUUCAGACAUUACAGAUAUUGUUUGGGUAUCGCCUAACGCUUUACAAAAUUAUUUACAUACACCUGUACUGCACUGCAAUAGAAAAUUUACUACAAUACAAUUAAAAAAAUGUUUUUGACACAUACAUUAUUUCUUAUGAAUGUAAGUGUGUUUUGUUUCUAAACUUAAAGAAAGUAUGUGUUAAUAAAUGCUGUGCAGUAAGAAAAUGACAUCUAAAAUAUUAUUAGUACCGCAUGUUAUAAUAUAUGGUGUUUUCGUUGGGGACUAUUUGGAUUAAAUAAACACGGAACCUACGUUUAAGAUACAACUUUAUUAUUAAUGUGAUAUUAAUUAUUAAAAAUUACUUAAUACAUGAACAUAAAAAUCAUACAGAAAUGAAACAAAAUCCAAAACUUAUAAAAAUCACUUAUUAGUCAUUUUUGAUUUAGUGCAUUGCUUCUAUUGAGGUUUUGCCACAAUGAAUGUUUUGUAAUUAUAGAAGAUAAGUUGGUGAGAAUUUUUUCUUUCAGUCUGUUAAAAUAUGCAGUUUAUGUUGUUUGAUACUUAUUAGUUACUAGGCAAAAAUGUAUGUCUGUAAUAUAUUAAAUUAGAUUAAACUUUACUUAAGCAAUAAA